CAUAAUCCUGUCAUAAACUGAGUAAAAGACAAAAAAAAAAAAAGGGAAACAGUUCCAGCCGGUCAUGGUUCACAGUUUCCCCUCAUCUCUGGCUCACCAGAUGACAUAGCACGCACAGUAGUACGGCCUAGUCGACACCUCCGCGCCCAAUGGCUCCAUCCCCUCCAGCGGUGGCUGAUCAAAUGGCUGAUCCGUGGCUGAUCCGUGGCUUCAUCAACAGCUUCGUUCCAGGGCUUGGCUGCGCUCGCGAGGUGAGGUACCUGUCAAUAGUCAGGUCAGCUAACAGCUCGCUCGCUCAGUCGAUAAUAAAAUCAAACCGAUAAAUCGCAUGGUCUACAGCAAAACAACCCCGUGCCCGCGCAUCGCCCGCGGUCGACCAGCAAACAACAACGCUGGGAAGAUGAUCUAUCCCCCUCUCUGCUGAUGUCAAAAAUCCGCCUGUCUAACUAUCCCAUCCCAUCCCAUCGCAUACUGUACCGUCGCAUCCCCCUUCCUUCCCCCAUGCCCUCCCGCUUUCCCCUCCCCUCCCCUCCAUCCUAUCGCGCAUCGCGUAUCAUCGCUCCUCAUCGAAGAUUGGCACAUCGCAUCGCGAUUUCAUGCACGUCAUCUUUCUCACACAAACGACGCGCACCAAUUGGCUCUGACGAGGGGCCUGCCCUGACUGCAUCGCAGAUUAUUUACCCGGGAUAGAAAAUCUGCAGAUGGGAUGGCUGGCUGGACGCUCCAGAUUGAUUGAGCGAGGGCUUGAGAGCUGUGCGAGGUACGUAUAGGAAGUUGGUGGUGGUGGAGCUGUGCCGUUUGCUACAUACUUUCCGCGGCGGCCCGAGAUGUGUUAUAUCUCACGUUUAUAUAUUCGAGAGCAGCUUCAUCGACCGACCGACGACAUCCGCCUUCUCUUACUAUGCUGCUGCUAGCAUUCCGUGAGCCAUUUGGCUGUGAGCACGUGUUCUAGUACUGGCUGGUCGUGUGUGCAAAAUGGUAGGGUGUGAGUUUAGGUACAGCAGUACAGCACAGCUUAUCGGCUUAACCAAUGACAUCCCAGCCGAGGUUCGAGAUGGUAGAAACGCCUUCGUCGCAGCCUCAAGGGGUCUACUGUUCAGCCUCACUAUAGCCAUUCAACCCCCUUGAGACACAAUAUCUAUCCCCUCCUCUACCGCCUCCCUCCCUCUCUACCCCCAUCUCCACAUCUCCGACCAUCUCCCUGCGAACAUCCCAACCCCAAAAUGACACUCCUCCACUGCCUCCGCUCGUCCCUCCCGGACCCCUCCUCCACUUCCAACAUACCCCUCAUCGCCCUCACCUCCCUAACAACGCUCUCCCUCCUCCACCUCACCCGCCUCGCCCUCUCCGCUCCCGCCCUCACAACCCGCGGUCCCACAUCGACGCUGCUCCCGCACCUCUCCCAGGCGGCCCGCGAGGGGCUCGAGUACCCGCCUGAUAUCCUGCCGGGGGGGAGGGAUGUGGAUACACCGUAUGGCUCAAUAAGGGUCCAUGAAUGGGGUCCAGAAACCGGCCCCAAAAUCCUAAUGGUCCACGGCAUCACCACGCCCUGCCUCGCGCUCGGCGGGCUCGCCCACGGCCUCGUGGAGAAGGGAUACCGCGUCAUGCUCUUCGAUCUCUUCGGGCGCGGAUACAGCGACACACCCACCUCCCUCCCGCACGACCUGCGGCUGUACACCACGCAGCUCCUGUUGGUUCUCUCUUCCUCCUCCCUCCCGUGGUGCGUGCCAGGUGGUUUCACACUCCUCGGUUACUCUUUGGGGGGAGGCAUCGCAAGUGGUUUCGCGAGUUACUUCCCUCAUCUCGUUAGCAAACUCAUCCUCCUCGCCCCAGCGGGGUUGAUCCGACCUCAACACAUGAGCUCGAGGAGUACAGUGCUCUACUGCACCGGUCUCAUUCCCGAGAGCUGGCUGGUCUGGCUUUGUGAACGCCGUCUACUCGCCGGGCCGAUGUACGCCAAAGAAAACAAGGCCCCAGCUUCCGUACUAGACGCCGAACUCCCCGGCCAAGAAGGCGUGCCGAACCCAGAUUUCACACCCCUCUCCCUAACACGCCCCUACCUCACCGUCCCCGAAGCCGUACAGUGGCAGCUGCGUCACCACCCGGGUUUCGUGCCCGCAUUCCUGAGCUGUAUCCGCUACGCGCCGAUUACGGGACAGCAGGAGAUCUGGGAGAGACUACGCAGGGGGAGGACGGAUGAGGUGCUGCUUGUGGUCGGGACGGAGGAUCCGAUUGUGCUCCCUGACGAGGUGAGGGAGGAUGCUGAGAAGUUGCUGGGAGAGGGGAGGGUGAGGUAUGUGGAGGUUGGGGCGGCGCAUGAUUUUGUGAUUACGGAUGUUGGGGAGGUUGUUGAGGCUGUGGUGGAGUUUUUGGAGGGGGGGAAGGGGAAGGUUGAGUAG